CUAAACGCAGAUGGGAGUUUUACUUACACAAAAGGGUUCUGAGGGCAGAAAGAAAACUGAUUGGUUCAGAGAAACAACCAAUCAAUUUAAAGAAGAGGCGGGGGAAAAGGCAGGAUCUGCUAAAUGAAAAAAAAGACCGGGCAGUUGGAUCCAGCCAUCUUUGAGGAGUGAAAAAUCACAGUUUUUGAAGGAAAGAAAAUGGAGAAUAUCUGGAUUAAAGGUGUUAGACGAAAGCUGAAGAAGGUUACAGAUCCUGAUGUCAUACAAGAAGUAGUUGUUUUUGACGAGCAAUGGGACUUCAUGAAAUCUUAUAUCAAGAAAUUGGAAGAUGAAACGCAGAGCUACUUUAAAUCUCCUGUAUGUACUCACAAGAACUACUAUUACUACGCAUGUGAGCGGUCCAGCAAACCAACUGGAAAGAGCAAAGGAAAACCAACACAAACCAGGGCCAACUCUUGUGGGGCCUAUGUGUCUUUUAGAAUAAUAAGAGAUGCUGCAUUUACAGGUGCUGUUGUGAACAAAAUGUUAAAACACCAUGGACAUGAUGUUGACAUUCAAGAAGAGGGUGUAAAAAACCCUGUUGACCCAGAGCUACUAGGUUUCAUUGAAAUGUGGCUUGAGCAGGGACUGUCAGUUUCUGAAACACUUUUAAAGAGUGUUGAUUGGGCAGAACGUCAUGGACAUGUAGACAAACACAAUCGUCGUUAUUAUGUUACACCAGAAGACAUAAGAACAAUCAAAAAGAGCAUAAAUGCACUAUUUUUUCCUGACGUGAAUGAUAGUGUCAGUGUGGAUAUUCUAGCCACAUCAGAGCUGAAAGAAAACAUUUCUUUUUAUCAGCCUUUAAGUGAAGAAAAUCCAUUGAUAAUUGUAGUGCAGACUCCCUGGCAAAAAGAACUCCUGAAAUUACAUCCACAUCCCAUGAUGUUCAUGGACGCCACCUACAAAAGCAUAACUUCGUAUGGCUAUGCAUUCUAUGCACUUCUUCUGAGCAACAGCAUUGGUAGAGGAGUUCCAUUUGCAUACUUCAUAGUCAGUGAGGAAUCAGCAGCCACACUCUCUCUCUGUCUAGAAAAGCUUUCUAGCUCUAACCCUGGUUUUUAUCCCAGGUUAGUAUCCUAUUGCUUUUGAUCAGAUUUUUCAGUUUAUUGACCAGAGAUAUGUAUUGUUAUUAAAAAAAUUAGUAAAAUUGAGCUAAAUGUAAAAAGAGUUUUCUCCAUCUUCAAGCUGCUCUUUAGGAGAUACAAGGUUUUAACAUUGUAAUAAUAUGCAAGUGGUUUACAAUGAAUGUUGAUGUCAAGUUCUUGAGACACUUUAAUGAGAUGUAUAGAAUGCAUUAUCUGUCAAUUGUAAUUGUUUUAAGUUAAUAACUACCACUGUCAGAAAUAUAAGAAGCCCUCUUUCUAUUGCAGUAUUUGAAAAGAAAAAGAGGCAAACGUGUUAGAAUCAUAAGAUGUUUUCAACAAAUGAUAAUGAAAUUCCUGUAAGUUAACUAUGAGCUGCUAAUUUAUAGUUGAGUUGAGAUUCUCUUUUAAAAACAUCUGCAAAACCCCCAAGUAGUCAACUUUGUAAUUGCAUAGAAUUGUACAAUGUACUUGUUUUGGAAAUACCUUGAUUUAGAUGAGUUUUCAUAAUUCCUACUGUGUGGAGUACCACAAUUGUGUCAUGUUUGGAUUUACUGAGAAGCUCUUUCAAAUGUAUUUGAUUUGUUUAUUUGAUUUACCAACUGCUUCACACUGGGAUUCUCCAAUAUGGUGGAAAAAUAAAAUAAACAAAUAAUAAAAA